UUAUAUGAUUUUAAAACUUAUUUAUUUUCAGGGAAUGAUUCAAAAGUGCAAACUGCAUGGAAUGAUACUCAUGAAAAACUUCUUACCUGUGAGUCAUAAAAUAAUUGUGAAUUCAGACGUAAUGAAAGCGCUGAUUUUUGAGCAGCAUCAUUUUAGCAGUUGCGUCGCUGACAAAAACUUUGAAAAACACAGAUCUUUUGUUGUAACACAGUUCCAAGGUGAGGUCAAAGCAAUAACUUAUUAUUUCACGACUAGUGCAUCAUUUGUGCCAUUUAGACUGCUUUCGAUUGUUGAAGAUGUGGAUAAAAACAGGAUCUUAAACGGAAUAGACUUGUAACAGUGAUUGCUGAAAUCGAUAAGUCGCAGAAGUAUUAUGGUCUGCUAUAAUUCUACGUAUGCCACCUUUGUCGUUGCUGUAUUUCUAUUUAUCUGAGAACAAUUCAAUUUAAAAUUUUCAUGAAAGUGUGAACGUACAAUUCCCUUCAGCGGAGAGAUUUGAUUGCGAAACUUUCAUUGAAAGAGGAUUAUUACCUAUGAGGUUAAACGUGAACGUGCAUAUAAAAGGACCGAAGUCUGUAAAGGCA